AUGAACCCCUUCCGCUUCGCUCGCUCUGCCCUGAGGGCCCGUCCCUCCCUCUUCAGCGCUCCCGUCCAGCGCCGUGGAUAUGCCGAGGCCGUCAACGACAAGAUCAAGCUGUCCCUGACUCUGCCUCACCAGACCAUCUACCGCUCCACCGGCGUUACCCAGGUCAACAUCCCCGCCGCCUCCGGUGAGAUGGGUGUCCUCGCCAACCACGUUCCCUCCAUUGAGCAGCUGAAGCCCGGUCUCGUUGAGAUUGUUGAGGAGGGUGGCGCCACCAAGCAGUACUUCCUGUCUGGCGGUUUCGCCGUCGUCCAGCCCGACUCCCAGCUGAGCAUCAACGCUGUUGAGGGUUACCCCCUGGAAGACUUCAGCGCCGAGGCUAUCCGCGCCCAAAUCGCUGAGGCUCAGAAGAUCGCCAGCGGCAGCGGCAGCGAGCAGGAUAUUGCCGAGGCCAAGAUUGAGCUUGAGGUUCUGGAGACCCUGCAGGCCCAUGUCAAAUAG